AUGGACGAACUUCCGGAUUUAGUCAAAGACACAAGACUUCCUACAGACCCAUUCCCCAGCGAUACUGCUGAUCCUGUCGAGACAAUCCAUAGAUUCCGCGAAACUGACAGAAAAUCUCGAACUCGCGUUGUGGCUAGAGUAGAGCAUUGGCAGCGCCAAGAAAAAGUCGAAGAAGGCGGAUACGGGGUUAUCUGGUUAGAAACCUGUACCCAGGGCGGCCGAGACGACGUCAAGGUCCGCGUUGUCAAGCAGAUCAAAUUGCUGGAAGACUUGAGUUAUCACGCUGGCGAGUUGGAAGCGCUGGCUAAAUUUACGCAGAGGCAGUAUGUCCAUUGCUUCGUCGAGUUAUUGGGAUGGUUCCUUCGUCCUGGGUAUCUUUGCAUUGCAAUGGAAUAUCUCGAGAUGGGCGAUCUAGAUGCAUAUCUGAAAACCAACCCACCGAUCCCAGAGGAUGAAACGAAAGAAGUAGCCCGUCAAAUCCUUGAAGGGUUAGAAUUCAUGCAUGGGAACGGUUUUGCACAUCGUGACAUGAAGCCCGAUAACAUCCUAAUCAAAACACGCCCUCCAGACGACGAAUGGUGGGUAAAGAUUGCCGACUUUGGAAUCAGCAUGCGUUACCAAAAGACAGCCGGUGCCGAGGUGAUGGGCACACCGGGGUACAUCGCGCCCGAGCUACUAAACCUCUGCGAGAAUGGCAGUCUCUUCGCUGCCGAUAUGUGGGCCUUUGGUGAAACCAUAUUCCGGAUUCUCACGAAAAGAGUGGCAUUCAGCGGCGAAACGCUCCCGAGAUAUGCAAAGGGUGAGAUAUCAUUCCCUGUGGAAAAGCUUCACGCCGUGCAAGUCAGCCAGCCUGGUGUUGACUUCAUCGUUUCAUUGAUGUGUCCACUACCGACGGACCGAGUUUCGGUUUAUAUGGCUACCAAAAACCCGUGGAUAGACCCGACUCCAACGGGGCCUCAAAAUUCCAAUACCGGAUUGGAAACACUGGGAGAUGGAGAUCCUCCUGUUGAACCCACUGAUAAAUCAGACCAGCGGACACCAAAUGGAAAAUAUGCGCACCGUGCCUCGGCGGAUUUGGAUCUUCCUGGGAGCGAAUCUCAAGAUCUGAACGGUGGAACACCGUCAUCAGCAUCCGCUCAGCUGAAUAUCGGAAAGCAGUUGUGCAGAGAGUCGCAGGACAUCAAAAACUUUGAGCGUGUGUCGGCUCUCACAGAUGUCAGGACGUCAGCUCAGCCGACGGGGGAAACACACUCCUUAUAUGUAUCCGUCAACACGAUCUCGUCCUCAGCCUCGCGAGGUUCUUAUCCUAGGCUCACCACGGGAGAUAAACACAAGCUGUCCACUUCGCCAAUGGCACCACUAAGGAGCCCGCCUCUUUCCGCGCCCGGUGAUCCGGUUACUGAACCCUUGACGAAGCCCCUCAACGUGGACUUACAAGAACAAAACCCUCUACCGUUCUUUGCCUAUGAGCUUCAAUCCGUUGCCUUCUCGCCAGAUGGGAAGUUCUUAGCAUCUGGGUCUGCCGGAGUCGUCAGGAUCAGAGAUAUCUCAACAGGUGCUGAGAUUAUGUCUCUCACAGGACAUAAUGGUGAUGUUCGUGCUCUUGCAUUUUCUCCCGAUGGCUCGCGCCUAGCAACCGGGUGUAGCGAUGGUACCAUCCGACUCUGGCGCACCAGCAAAUGGGAAUACAUCCGCACUCUAAGUGGCCAUACCGGCCUAAUCAAAACGUUGCUCUUCUCUCCCGAAAAUUCUUCAACGCUGGCGUCCGCGUCGGCAGACGGUACAGUGCGGGUGUGGCAUCUCUCCAAGAUGCAAGCAUACAUAGUUCGAACCGAUACCGCGGAACAUGAUUACAUUGCCCUCUCUUUCACAUGUUCUGGCAGUGCGGGAUACGGGGACGGCUCUCCUGGCACGUAUUUGCUUGCUGCUUGCUGGAGACGAAUAUACCACGUCACAGUGGACACAGGUUACAGUACCUCUUGGGAAACCCUCGCCGACCGGCUUUCAGGUCUCUGUAUUUCCCCAGAUCAACAACUCGUGGCAGGAGUCUCCCAUGAUGAUCCCGGUGCGAUCUCGAUUAUGGACAUCCGGCCUCGCAAUUUCCAGUCUAGAGGCGAAACCUUUUUCACUCUCAAAUGCUCUGCCAAGUUAUUCCAGUAUGAGAUGCAAUUCUCACCGAAUGGUAGACUAUUAGUUGCUCGAGCACAAGGACCAGUGACCAUAGUGGACGAGUUUCCCCGGCACUGUCUUUUCGUUUGGGAUGUUGCUACCGGGCAGGAAGUUCUUCGGAGGGAGUUCUUUGCGUUUUCGGUGCCUAUUUUCGCUUUUUCGCCGGAUGGGUCGUUGAUUGCUGCUCCUGCUCUGAGUAGAGGGGAGUUUUCGGCAUUUCCUGCUUCGAAUGUUGUGAGGAUCUGGAAGGUUGCGCAAGUAGAUGCUUCUGAGUGA